GUUUUCGAAAAACUGAGGAUUCGAACACAAAAACCCCCCAAAAAGAAAUAAAGAACAUCCAUACACACUGAUCCUUUCAGCAAGAAAUCUCUCGCCCUCACUCGGUAUGAAGACAUUGAUACAGAGAGGGAGCGAAGGGUUUAGGGUUUCGACGCGGUGGUGAUCGGCCGGAGUUUUGAGCUUCGAGGCGACGGCGUCUUCUGAGCACUGUAAGCCCCCGGCAGGCGCAGAUAAACCCUAAUCCUGGAUUCCUCCGAGGUUUCUGCGUAUUCCUCGGUGACAUGGUAACUGUUUGUCUGGUUUGUGGUGACCGCGGUUAUGAAGAAGCAUUAAUAUAUUGCGACUCGUGCGAGGUCUAUGCUGUUCACCGCUAUUGCUUAGAGAGGAUUCCAAGAGAUUUCAAGCAGUACAUAACUUGGUUCUGCCCGGACUGUGAUCGAAGUGAAAUUGGCUCUGAGAAAGUAGAAAUUGACCAGACUGGGAAGCUUGGAUCUAUUCUGAAGAAGAUUGAGCAGAAAAAGGAUCCGAGAUUGGCCGAGAAGAACAAAAAAAAUAGAAGGUUGGCAAGAGUUGAGGACCAUACACUCAAAAGGGGCACCAACGUGGAACCUAUGGCCGUGCGUUCUUCAUCAAUUCAUGAAACACCAAAGGACUCUGGAAGAGAAGGGAGCUUAGGUAGUGGAAGACAUCAAGAAUUAUAUGGUUUGAAAAGAAACGAAGCUUCUGGCUUGGCAGCCGGUAUUACCUCUAGGAUGGCAGGUCAUGAUUCUUCUGCCAAUAAUAGACAAAGGAAAUCAACUACAGGCAGCAGCCGUGAAGGGUUCGGCUCUUCUACAACUAGAACUCCUAUAGGAGCCAUAACUGGUCAGUCCAGUAGGCAGCUCCGUGGUGAUAAUAGACAACUAACCAGCAGAGAAACCUCUUGCAAGGAGGCUGAAUCACAUACACCACCGCUCUCUGAAGGGUUGGCAGUUAUAUCUUCGAACACUACAGAACCCAAUAGAGAUGUCAGAGUGCAGCCAAUCAUUGAACCUGUUUGGAGGGGAUCUUUAUCUGCUAAUCUAGGGACCUUUGGGAGCGUUAUCCUUGUUGCACAUUUAUCAUCCAUAGCAUGUCUUAAAGUCCAUGAUGCUGCUAAAUCAUUACCCAGAUGCCUUUGUGCCGAAAUCUUUCCUAGGUUGGAUAUAUGGCCACAAAGCUUUUUAAGGAGUGGAGGCCCUACUGAUGAAAGUAUUGGUCUUUUUUUCUUCCCUUCUGGUCCGAGUGAUGAAAAGGUUUUUUAUGCCCUAGUUGAUGAAAUAAUAGAGAAGGAUCUUGCUAUGAGAAUUGUGCUUGACAAUGCAGAACUCAUACUUUUCAGCUCGUACAUGUUGCCGAUGCAAUCUUGGAGGUUUCAGUCAAAGUUCUUCCUGUGGGGUGCCUUUAGGGGAAAACAAGCUCUCCGGCAUCAGUCACUACCAUCCGGAGAAGGUUAACACAGGGAAACAAACAAUGACUCGGAAAGUUUUGUGACAAGUCUCUGGAUUGUUUGAUGAAUCCUGGGGACGUUUAGACGAGAGGAUAACGCCGAUAGUCUACAGAUUUUUAAGGUCUGUCUUACGUUAGGAGUCUUCUAUAGUUUUGUUUGUGUUGGUUUUGGCUUUCUACUCUCUCGGAUUCUACCUAGUGUUCACUACAGAUUUGAUCAUUUUGGAGGCCUUCCAGUCCCUAGAAAGACCAUAGUUAGGAGAUUCGAAGUAGCGGCAACCUAUUACUCCGAUAGAAUCCAUACACGUUCGUUCUAUCAUUUUGUGCAUAACAGUGAGAAUCAACAGGGUUCUGUAUAGUGUUUUGCUUAUUAGCAUCUGUCAAGAAAGGUAACAGAGACUACGGCCAGUUUUUUUUGUUGCUGUGGUUUACCUUGACAGUGGCAAGUGGGGCACAUUUUGCUUGGGAUUGAGCUUCUUAUGCCUUCUCCUCUACUAUGGUCUCAUAUGGAUCAUCAUUGAGGUGUAUCCAAAUCAUGUUCUUGAUUUUUUCUUUUGGAUAAGAAAAGCUUGUUCCUUGUACACAGAAGCUUCAUUUGAUCACUGAUUCUGAUCAUAAUCUGAAGAAACUAUAUGUUUUUUCUCUGUGAUUGUCAAUGUUUGAAAAUGUAUCUAAAUCAUGUUCUUGUCUUUUUUUUUUUGAAGGGUUCUAUUGUUUGCUCUAGUAGUUUACAUUUUCAAACAUUUCCUUCA